GUCAGAGACCACGGUGGUCCGUGAAAAUUUAACAUAAGAAUGAUACUAUCAAUUCAACACAUAAACUUAACCGACGCUAUUUCUCAAACCUACCUUUGAGACAGAUUAUUUAAGCCUUCAAUUGUAACUUCAGAUUCCUUAAGCAAGGACGAUCUAAUGCUUCGCUGGAAUGGGGUUAAUGCAGUAAAAAUUGAUAAAGAAGUCAAUCUUAAAAAUAUUGUCAAAUCACAGAAACAUACGUAUGACUCCAUACGAUAACCCAGUGGGGAAUUUUUCAACUCUUUCUGCAAUGCUAUCGUUCAAGCGAUCAAAGAAUUCACUUAGCAUCAUGUAUAUUGCACCACCUAUUAUAAUUGUUGUGGUAUCCAUGACUUCUUUCCUUCUUGGCGAAAACACAGGAUCACGAAUCACAGUUCCGACAGGCGCUUUAACUCAGCUUGUCAUGCAGUGGGCUGCUAUAUAUAGCAAAUUACCAUCCGUGCCUGUUCUUACAUAUUUUGAUAAAUGGAUGCUUAUGAAUCUGAUCAGCGUUGGAACUGUUCUCUUUGUCAACGCUUGCAUAUGCCAUCUCGUUUAUUCGAAAGGAGAAGAAAUAUCUACAAAAAAGUCAAUGGAAAUGAAAAUAAUGGCAAAUGAUGACAGCAGCCAACAUCCUAUGAGACAACAUGAGGAAAAUAUGUGCCGGCGGAUAUUGUCGUCGUUGAAAAGAAAUGUAUGGUCUGUCAACUUCAUGGCUUUCUUUGUGCUUGGUGUAGGUUAUGCUAUUGUCGCAUAUUGGUACGUGGAUACCUGGAAGAACUCUUAAGAUUCCUAAUUAAUAUUAUGACGAAAAGGACAAGACUUUUUAUGAGACAUCUGUACAUUUGAAAUCGACAGCCUAUUUGUUACGAUUUAUGGUGAAAUAUAUGAUAAAUAUCUUUAAAUGCCAUUGUAUCCAAAUUUCUUAUAUUGAUAAUUAUCAUUAAAUCAGCAUAUUUCUAAGUUUGAAAUAUAGAAACUGUACACAUGACAAUGCUUCUAAGGAUGGACUAUUUUCUAUAACUUAUAAAAUAAAGAAUUAGGAAAUGCAUAACGUCUCAGCUAAAUGUUGCAAUAACAAGAGAAAUACCUUUCUACAAUCUUAUAUGCAAGUCAUAUACAAAACAAAAAUAUCAUGCAAAUAUUGUGCAGUGCCAUUCACUGUUGUUUAAGUUACUAAAAUGUGUGCUUUAUUCCAUUUUGAUAUUUUCAGUAAGUAAAUGUAUGACAUUGUUUUA